AUGCAUCGCCAGCUCUUCAGGCUCAAUGUGAACAACCUGCACCCAAUUGCAGUGAUGAGGUUUUCUGAUGAUUUGUGCUUGUUUGCCAAGCUUUGCUCCAUGGCCGAUGACAACCUGAAUGUCAAGUUCCUCUGGUGGAACGAUCAACCAAUCAAGAGGAUCACUGAAGCCAGGAAGACGCCCUGCUUCUGUGAUGGAGAUGUUGUAACUUUUGGCAACUCUCUUGUCUUCUUCUCCAAACUCAAAUUCAGGUUCAAGAAUGGUCACUUCUACGUGUGGGUCUUUUGCCAAAUGUAUGGCAAGAGUUCUGUUUAUUGUUGACAAGCCACCUCUAGACGACCCCCAUUCGUUCGCCAGGAGGGUAACUUUCAAUAUUAACCGUUCUGAAUGACCUUGUUCAGCAUCAGAUGAUGAUAAUGAUGAUGGUGGUGGUGAUGAUGGAGUACACACGUCCUGUACAGAAACCAAAAAUGGAAAUUUUAAAAUAGAAAGCGUACACCUGGGGUGCUUACCGCUUUGAUAGAAAGUUUGCAAAACAUGUUAUCAUCCAGUAAGAAGCUAUAAACUUAUCGUUUAACUGUAAAGCAAACAGCUUGUUAAGAAAGACUUAAGAAACGGUUAUGAAUACCCACUGCUAUGGCUACAGUAGGUAUUUAACAACAGAGCUGAUGAUGUUAAUUGGCCACUGUAAAGAGAUUCUCAGUUCAAGGCUAGCCAUUUGUCGGGCAAAGUGCUAAAAUAACUUGAAUAGAAUUUUGAGUCAUAUUUGGUAACCAACUGACCUUAUCAAAUUACUUGAUUUUAAGUACUAUUGUUUGCUUCUUUUUACCCAGCGAGGGGCUUGUGGUAGGUCAAAAUGAAGGACUACGUUGUAUAUUAUUAUAACCUAAUAAUGACACACACAAACUUUGUUGAAGCUUUUUUAAGUAUAAAUAAAUGACUAGCCUUUCAGCAGCAUAAUGUCAGUUUAGUAGUAAUAUGCCGUAGAGGUCCGAAAAUAAGACCCAGGCUGAUUUUUUUUCAAAGGCCCUUUUUGAGGGGCUUUUAUACGGAGGGAAAUGGGAGGGACAUUUGCGUCUCAAAAUCGAUUGGGCUAGAGGUUUUACUGAAACUCGCCAUGGCGACCUAGGUCUUUCUAAAACUCUGCCAUGCGAGUACUUUGGCUAUAUGGAUCGAAGGAAUUCAAGCCAAGAGUGAAGAGUGAACUACGCAAACAGCAAUACACUGUGACACUUCUUGAUUGCAAUCAUUUGGCACGAGGAAUAGUUCUUUGGCAAAUUAAAAACAUUAUGUGUUACUGUACCGUUUUUAAUUUGUUUUAUUUUGUAUUUGAGGGCAAUUUCCAAGUACAAGCCCCUGGGGGGCUUAUAUUCGGAGGGGCGAUUAAAUGGAAGGUUGUUUUGCGUUACGAGUUUGUUUAUUUGCAGGGGGCUUAAACAUGGAGGGGCUUAUUUUCAGAAUUUUACGUUAACAUUCCAUUUAUAUUUAACAUGCUAACAGCACUGAUAGAGAUGAGAUUUCAGUGCUACCUACCUUACUUGGUGUCUGUAAGAACCAUUUUGCUUUCCUUUGACUGUGAGUACUUCAUCUGUAGGUUUCUUUUUGCAAAUCAGAUGAACGCCUUGUCUUACCUCAAGGAGGUGAGGACAAUCUUCAUGAGAACAUGCAAUCUGAUUAUGGCUUGAGUAUUUUUCCCGCUGACAAUACGAACAGGCGACCCGAAUAUGAUACUGCAAUCCACCUUUAUAGAGAUCACGUGACAAAGCUUGCAAAGUUGCCUCCACAAACUCACGAACCUGCACUGCCAUCUCACUUGUCUCAUCCAGAGAGAUCUGCUAAGGGUGGUUUCUUUGCUUGAUAAAGAACUUAAGUAAUGAUCCAGGUAAGGUGGAUAGCAAUUGCUUUUGUUAUGCGGCAACGGUGCUUUCCCCACAUAGGAAUGUUCUCAUUUUUACACAGAGAAAGCAUAAACCUACAUGAAGGCCGUUUACGCAAUAAAAUGCAUUUACACUCCACUUUGAAAGGGUGCUUUUUUUGUGUUAAAAGAUUUUGACCAAUCACAAGAGUUGAAAACAAUAGCCAAGAAAGGUUUACAAUUUUACAUGUUCCCCACAUUUCUUUGUUAUUCAAACUGAGACCAGAUUUUGUUAUGUGGAAGAUGGUUGGAAAGUAAGGAUGAAUAUAUGUACCGCUUUAUGAAGUUUUGUUAACUUUUGCUGUUUAAGCCAAUCAGAAGUAAGUACAGACAAUAGAAACGUUAGCACCUUUUUUGCAUUCCAACAUGUUCGUUGCCGUUGUUGCUAUCGUUCUUAUCUGGACCGUUUCUUAAUAAACUGCUUCUUAAAAAUAAGAACAAAAUCAUGGACAGUUUUCUUCUCAAUAACAAACCACGCUCCAUUUUGGUACAGGGUAGGGGGCUGAGUUGGACCAGCCUCAGAACACCAACGGACAGAUCGAGAAACAAGUCGAAUGAACAGACCAUGGGGAACAGAGCCGCUGACGAAGUAAACAUACAGAGGACAAGGGUCCAGCCUUGAGGGCGCCAUGGAACAAAGGGAAUCAGGCGACGCUUUGAGUUGAGAUGGAACAAAAUACUUUUCACCUGUCUUUGAAGAUGAAAAUUUUGCAAUCAAUCCAAAUUGUUCCAUCAAAUCCAGAAUGUCUUUCCUGGCAACGUCCUCCAGAAGAAAUUUGGAAAACACAUGAUCAAGCAGUUCCAUGCUGAGAACACCGCUUUCUUCGACUUCCUUCCAGUGCUUUGCAAACUUAGGGACCUGAAACGGAAUAACAAGAGGAAUGUAAAGAAAUUAUUUUUCGCAAGAAAGGUCUUAUUCAGGAUAUUGUGCAAGUUAAUAACAUUCGCUGCUCAUUUUAGGUGUUACGUUUCAAGAGAAUUGUAAAUAAAGCGAACACGUACGUGUUAAGUUGAUUAAGGCAAAUACUGUAAGUGUCUGUUUGUAUUAAGAUCUUUACAGAAGGAAGGUUUCAGUCAAGUUGAAGUAGACCACCUAUUUAGCGCCUUAGUUUUACCGAAUUUCACUUAUGGUCUGUAGACUCAGAUCUAACGGUCAUACAAAACUUUCUGGAUAGAUGCUUUAAAAGGAAAUACACAUCCAAGAGAAUGGACAUCCGAGAACUUUUAGAAAAGGCAGAUAAAAAUCUUUCCAAGGUACGUUCAGUGGAUCCCGAUUGCCAGCUUAGUAACAUCAUUCCGAAGAAGAAAGAAACAAAGUAUCAACUCAGAAACAAAAGUGCUCAUCGUCCGGAUACAAAGACUGAUACAUUGAAGAAUGUUUUUGUAAACAGGCUUAUUUUUAGAUAUAAUCUUUGAUCUUUCUAUUAUUUGUAUACAGUAUGACCUUAUGUAUUUUUAGACUCCCAACUGCUGAUGUAACUUACAUGAACUUAAGAUAUGUCUUUUUAUCUUAGGAGGAAUAAAUAUUGAUUGAUUGAUUGAUUUGAUUGAUUGAAUGAUCACAAAACUAUUCAAAAUAGCUUUCUUCCAGGAUCAUUUUACAUUUCUAAAUGUUAUAUUAAUAAGUUUUGGCAAGUUCUCUAAAAGAAAUAAACUACUUAACAUUUUAAGUAAACAUUCAAGGAAAACUUUCCUCCUUGUAAUUUGCGGAUUUGUGUGAGGACACAUAUAAAAUGGAAAUUACGAAAGACUGCCUAGAAAGUAUAACUGUGAAUAAAUCUCUCUGGGGGCGAAAAAAGAUCAUAACCUUUUUAACAGACCUCAGAUUUUAAAUCUAUAGAAUGUUCUUUAAAGCGCCACGUAACUGCCAGAAUCCUCCAUUUGGUUUACUCGCCAGAAAAUUCUUACGGUCCAAAUUUCACUUCCACAAGCUAUAAAAGCGCGUUCUGA